AAGGACUUCAAUGUCAUAAAUUGACUGUAGUCAAUGCCAAAUCAAAAUAUUAAAAGGGGGAAUGUACGAGCAAACAAUACUUCAUUUCUUGUAAACAGUUUACAUUGUAAAUGCAGGAUUAGUAACGCGAAAUGUUUAGUGAUUAUUGUAAAUGGUGACAAAGACAAUGACUACGUUACUAGUGUCGGCAGCUGAAUUGUCGAACAUUAUUUCGGUGCUCGCAGUGCUGUUAUGUUUUUGUGCAAUGUUUUUAUUCAUAACCAGGAACAUGAUGGUACUACGAGUGCAUGGAGAAGACUUUGUAUUUCCUACACCCAUACAUCAAGUACCACAUAGAAUACCUCAAAUGAAUAUGAUGAAGGUUCAUAUACCUUUCACAUUUAAAUUGUUAGAAACAUCCACAUCUUCAUAUUCAGAAUUGCAAUGUUGCACUUCGAGUCAAGGGAAAUAUGGUAUCCGGGUGUAUUGGGGUGUGAAUAUUAGGGAAUUACACAUUUUUUUGUGGCGACCAUGGGCGGAUCUCAGAGAGGCUUGUCUAAGUGGCGAUUUCUUGAAUAUAUAUUAUCAAUAUAAAGGACCUCACAUAGAGAAGAAUCCCCAUUCGGAUGAAAUAAUGACCCUAAAACUAGAAGAGCCCUUAGAAUUAGGUUCCCCUCCAAGGUUAUGUUAUCCUUUAGUUGUAAUAUUAUUUAGAAAUGACGUAAAUGAAAAUAUACUCCCAGACGAAACGGUGGCUCUCAUUAAUGUCAUCCACAUCAAAGACUCUGUUUGUACAUUACCCACUAGUAUUUUAGCGCAAUAUCUAAAACAAGCCAAUGGACAGUUGUCUUGCCUAAAACAAUUAUACCUCGCUACCGGAAAUCCCGGGGGAUAUGAAGACGGACAAAUUCCAUUCGCUGUAGCCGAACCAGUAGAAGGUGGUCCAGAUUCGAUGGAACAAACUCUCGUUUGUCCUACUAACGAAGACCCUACAUUAUGGAAUAGCACUGGAGAGCAAUUGUGUGUAGUUUGUCAAUAUUUUCCUCUGUCCAGAGCUUUGCUACCAUGCAGGCAUACUUGUAUCUGUGCCAGUUGUUUUGACAAACUGGAUCGUUGCCCGAUGUGUCGAGGACCCAUUAAAAGUUACUUCUGUAUCAGAGGUGAAGAAUACAUGCCUAUCACGACGAAUUCCAAAACUCAAGAUUCCCAUGGGUCCUUGUACAAUUGGCUACACCAUUGGGAUGAUCGUCUGACAGAUUUUUUAGGAUUCCAACGAUAACAAAUGACGCGAAACAAGAUAAUGUUUUAUAGAGAUCGACACUACAUAUCCGAAAAUUGUAUUUAUAAAGUUUAUUUGGUCAUUAUAUGGUUUUAUUUGCGUUAGAGGUAGGGGCUGGUUCAAUGCUCAUUUAUACCGUUUAUGUAUUAUAUUUUUUAUUAAAACAAUCUUUAUACUAAACACAUUGUUUAGUUUUUAUCUUCCAAGUAUCACUGGUUUAUAUCGGGCUCGAAGGACUAGACGAUGUAAUUAUGUAAUAAACAGUGUGUUUAGUAUGAAUAUCAUCAACAGUUUUGAAUGAAUCUGCCUUUGGAUAUUAUUUUGCCAUUUUUAAUGGAGUUUUGGGUAUUUAAGUGAAAAUAUUUUAUUUAUUUUAUAUGUGAGAAUGUGCGAGACGAGAAUGAAACUUGUUUUUAAAUUUUAUUGAAUAAUUAAUAUUUUCUUAGGUCCUAUAAUUUUAUUGGAAACUUAAAAAAAUUUAAAUAUGUACUGUUCAAAUUUUACAGUAAUGUAUUUUUAUAUAAAAAACUUUAUAUCACAAUAAUUAUUAAUUUAUAUUUUAAUUUUCAAAUUAAAAAAAAUGUUCACUUGUUAAAAAUACCAUUGAAUAAUUUUAUGAGAUAUAAAUUCUGAUUUAACACACUGUCUAUUAAGACUGGUCCUUCGAGUCUUCUGUCAAUCCGGCUCGAAAGACCAAACAAUGUAAUUAAAUGGUAUUAAACAGUGUGUUUAGUAUUAUAUCAAAAAUAUCAAUGUAAUUUUGAUGUUCUGACAUGUUAAACCCGGUUCACAUUAUUCCAGUGCUGGACUUAUUGUCCACAUUAUUCCAGAUCAGUAACACUAUAUUGACAAUGCUUUCAAAAAGGAAGCUUAGAAAUUGUUUUAUUACUGUUAGAAGAAGUAACUGAUGUAUAUAUAUCAUUUUGAUUCAUAUUGAUGUAUAUAGUAAUGGGAGAAGCACUGAAUUAGACAUUCACACCAUUCCAGUGGUACUCGAAUGGAAAUAGCCAUUUCAGUCAACUAGAUUGUAUUGAUCACUAGAAUGCUAUAUUCCAGUACAGCCGGACUAGAAAAAUGUGAACCAGGCUUUAGAUACAAGAUAUUAUUUAACCAGUUGAUGAUAAAUUAUAACGGCACUAGAUCAAAAGUGCUCCGAUAAUCACUGAUUUACGCCGAACAAAAUAGUGUUUUGUUCGGUGUAAUUUAGGUUAUGGAUGAACUUACUGCACUAGCUCAGAACUACUUCAUCAGUUCAGUGUACUGAAUAAAAUAGAUCUGAAACUAGCACAAGCAGGCAGUUUAAGUGUACUCAUUUAUUUGAAUAGACCAGUGACUUCUUCAGAUCAAAUAUUUUACUAUUUUGCUUGGUAUUCAAUUGUCCCUCCAGUCUUGCUCACCCUCUAUUGUUUUCCGUUGUAUGACAAAACUGAAACUAUAUUAUAUGCAACGAAGUUUUCUUAAGGAAAACCAAUAAUUCUUGUUGCAAAAUUCGAAUCUUAAUUAAAUGCUCUGUUUAAAGGUAACAAGCACAAACAUAUAAUUAAAAUAUAAGUUGGUUGAUUGCUGUCAGAUGGUCCCAAUGAAGCACAAUUUUGCAUAUAUCGAAAAGAGUCCUAUUUACCUAUUUAGAGCGGUACACACAAUGAACGCGAGCAUGACGCGCUCUAGAUGUUCAAAAAUGUCAAAGAUAGUUCAACUUGUUGAGAAACCGGGAUAACGUGAAAAAUUUUUUUGUUUAUUUUGAAUUUAAAAGGGAGCGGUUGGGUACAGCUGCGUUAUUCCUCAUCGUCGGCCAUUUGUCUGGGGAACCGGUUCACCAGGUUGCAGGGAAACCGCAGAAAACCUUCAUAAACAUGAUGAUUAAUGAAGAGUAUGUAGGGUGGGUGUGGGAGGUAGGGUUUUAUCUGAUGGAUAUGGGAGAAUUAUCGAGGAAGUUGAGGUGUAUUUCAGGGAGGUCAUCGUACGCUGUUGCUAGCAGCCGAAGGGGCGGAUAAGGGAGUUUCCUCUUGGGUUUUGAGCAGAGGGAUCCUAUAUUGUUGAACCAGGGGAUGAGAAGGGUUUCUUUGGCAGCGGAGUUAUUUGAUUCGAUAUGGACUUGGAGGUCAUUUAGGCGGCUUGGAAUAAGGGUUAUUUCUGUAUUGACAUAAACGGUGUUGCUAGUGCUGAAUCUACACUUGUAUUGGCAAUAAUAAAUUCUAAAUAAUUCAAAAUAGUUGAUAACUGUUCAAAUUUCUUUAUAUACAUGCAUUUUUAAGGUUAUGUUCACUAGCGAACCAGCAUCAUGUUCGCGUUUAUUCUGUGCCCUGCUUGAAAGAAAGUUGAUAUUCUUAAGGGGGUAUUAUGGACUACAAGCCUAAAUUUUAGGCAUUUUUGAACUAACUUAAAACAAAAUGAAAAACAUUUUUACUAUCCACUUUUUUAAAUGGUUUUUAUCGACUUUUUAAGAAUAUAAAAUAAUCAGACGUUAAAUAAAUUACAGAAUGGUAAAAUGGGAGCUACAAAAAAACGGUGCACCCUGGUUGAAAUGAUUCCAGCCCUUGUAGUGAUCUGGAUUAAAAAAUUCUUAGUUUGUAAAGAUAUCGCUAUCGCAUUGACCUUAGCCAAAAAAAUUCACACAAUGGCGUCGAUUUGAGAUAUCAAUUUUUUUGCUCCUUUCGAAUUUUUAAAAAAUACUCCAAAUUGAUUUUUUUUUUAAAUCCAAGGCAGACCCGAUAGAAAGGUGUAAAUAAGAUUUCCACCAAAUUUCAAAGGAAUCGGUCGGGUUGAACUUGAGAUAUCUUGUCAACCAUUUCAAAAAAAUAAUUCCAGUAGGAUAACUCGUUCCACUCGGCCACGUUUCAAAAUCUACUGUAUCUCCGGAAAAAAUGCCAAUUUUUAAAAAUUCGUUUAAGGACAUAUUCUUGGGGGUCUAAGCUUUGAAAAUAUACAAAAAAAUCGAUUUUUACAAAUUUCCAUACUAGAAUAGCCUCUUAAGGCCUAAUUACACCUACUGAGUUCUUGUCUAAGACAUGUCAUUCGACCCAGUAAGUCUCGUUAUAACUGGUCAAGUGAUUUUAGACGACUCCAUCGUUCAGUAUAAUCACACAUCAUUUUUUAUCAGUUAAUAAUUUUUUCUGUCUCAUUAAUUUGUUUUUCCAUUUUGGAAAUAUCUAAAUGGUCAAGUCACUUAACACCGUUGUAGUUUUUCUUCUCAUCGUUACGUUCUUGUCCAUUUCGUUUUUUUUUGGGGAUAUUAUUUUGUCCCAUAAUGCAGAUUUAUAGUAGUGUUUCAAAUUUUUUAUCUUUUAUUACUUCUUGAAACACCCGUCAGGAUUUUACCAGCUGAAAUGUAAUCAAUUACUCCGGAAGUUGUGAUUAAGGCACUAAAAUUAUUGAAUGAGUAGUAUAAUGUAAAGAAGUACAAUUUCUCUAUCCAUUUAUGUAAAAAACAUAAAACCACACAAUUUCAAUCAGAUAGAAUUUUGAUUUGACCCAUUUUUGAAAUUAUUGUAAUAUUUGGGUUGUGAGAUGUCGGAAAAUAUUUUGAUAAAAUCUUUGAAUGAAUUGUUUUAUUUGGAAUAUUUAUGGAAAUGCAUCACGUUAAUUCAUUCAAGGAAGUCAAUUAUCAAUUACUGUGUAAUACAAUAAAUUUGUUAGUGAAAUAAGAUAUAAACAGCGCCAUCUAAAUGUGAACUUUCUUUGGUUGGCUUAUAGUUUUUUAUAACUGAAUUUUUACAUUAUUCUUAUCAUUUUAUCUCAUUAAUAUUUGACCUUGCAUCUAUACUUUCCGUUUAUAAUCUUAAAUAUCCCGUAAUUUUUUUUAUUAGAUCGAUUAAUUUUUCCUCGACUUGUUUUUGUUUUUUUUUUGAAUAUGUUCAAUAAAAUUCCCAAUUUUAAAUAUAAAAAUAACUUAAUCCAUUAUACAAUCUGGUAUUCACCUUAAAAUAUAUUUUUGGCGAUAUGAGGAAUUCACAAAAGAGUAUUUGACACAAUUUGGGAAAAGUUAUUUAAAUGUUAUACAUAUCUCUAAUUUGAUAUGAAAAAUUAUGAUAAUUUUUUUAUAUUAUCAUUACAUUUAAAGUCAUUUUCAAUUUAAAUUUCGCGCUAAAACGCUCAUUACCAAUAUGGCGAUGCACUGACGUCAGUAUAUAGUAAGUGUUCUUUAGUGUAUUAUGUUUUUUAUAAGUGUUUAGUAGGACACAUGGUGUGAGGGGCAUGUAUGUAUGUAUGGAUUUUGGGGUAUCGUAUACACUGCGACACAAAGGAUCUAUUGUGUCCCCCUUUCUUGCUGCGAGACUGGAGAACUCAGUGUUUAGGGCUGAUCCAUUAAACCCACUCCGUUUAGAAAGUCUAGAAUGUGCGAUGGUUCUAGCUGCCAGAAAUCUUCUUGUAUUUCAAGCGCUCGCAGGUGUAGUGUUCUGGAAUUCCUUAGUGUUCCACACUUCGAGAGAUUGUGGAUAGAGGUAUCGACCUUUGUGCAACAAAAUCUGCAUGCCGUAUUAUCUGCUAGGUCUAGCGUCUUCAGUUGUUUGUAGAGGCGACAGGGCUCCUGUUAGUAUUCGUAGUUUGCAGCAGAUCUACUUUGGUUAUAGUUUCCCAAAAGAGUCUUUGCCUGUCUCAGCCCCUGUAGGUUGUUUCAGUACCCCAAACCACUGCUUCAUGUGAUGAUUGGUCUCAUAAUUGCCAUGUACAUCCACAGUAGGAUCUUUGGGUUACAACCCCAAUUCAUCCCUGCGAAGUUUCUGCACACCAUCAGGGCAAUUGGUGAUUAUCUCUUUGGUGUGAGGGGCAUAUAACGCCGACAAUCCACUCGUCCGGCAAUUGUUUUUCACGUCAUACUUUUUGCAUGAUUUGUAGGAUGGUUAUUUGUCCACCGGCCUUAAUGAGUUCUGCUGUGAUCAUAUCUUUUCCGGGGGCUUUGUGGUUUUUCAGCUUCUUGAUGGCGUCCUUCCUCCAGAUUGGGCGGUUCGACUCUGUAAUCAUUUAGUGCUUCUAAUUCUUGGUUACCAGAGCGUAGAAGCUCUAAGAAGUGCUCCAUUCACCUAUUUACAAUUUCCUUCUUGUUAGUAAGAAUGUAUUUGUUCUUGUUCUUACAAAUAUUGACAUUUGGUUUAAAAUAUUUUCGUACGGUAUUAAUUUCUUGUAGAACUUUCGUGAUUCCAGGAUUCUCCUUUCAUGCUUUUUUUCUUUUAUGUGUCCUUGUUCAUUCUCUUCGAAUAUUCCUGUACUUUUUUUCCGUUUCUAAAGUUUUCCGCUGCUAUGCUUUGUUGUUUCAUUACCCAGUGUGUUCUCGGCCGCUUGUUUCAUGACGUAGCUGAAGUGUUGCCACAUGGCGUUCACUGAUUCAUCAUAAUUCAUGUUCAGAUUUUCUUUGAUAAAAUUUUUAUAUUCACCAAGUGUUUUGUCUUCUUUCAAUGCACCUAUGCAUCUAUCCGUUUUGGAGCAUCGGCUUUCUAUUGUAAAAAUUUUUAAUUUAAAAUAAAAAUACCCACAAAAAGAAAAUUUAAUUUAAAUGUAAAUCUGUAAAUUAGUCUGUAAACCUCAAGAAAAUUAAACUACUGGUGUACUGAUAGUCAAAACGGCGUUAAUCGGGUGAAUACUAUAUAGUGACGUCACUCGCAGAGACUUUUAGCGACAAUAAUUAUCAAUAAAUUUAUUUCUUACCACUGUCAAAUACACAUAAUUCUAAAUUAUAUUAUUGUAAUUAUUUCGAUACUCAUCAAGAAUCGCAAUGAUUGGAUAUAGUGGAUUGUGUCACGGUUAUUUUCAGAUUAGUGAUGUUAAGUUUAGAUGCAAUUAUACCUCAAAAUUAUACGUCCACAUUUAGGUUGCCCAGCUAUACAAAAAGUGCAAUAAUAAAUAAAAUUGCACCUAACCUAAUUAAAACAAUAAUACCAAUGUUCAAUAUAUUAGUAUUUCUCAACUAUCUUAAGAGUUACAGUGCAUUAAAUAGCUCAUUUUCAUUAGAGUAUUAAAUGCACUGUAUUUUAAACUCAUAUUGACUUUGAAUAUUGAUAGUAUUGCAUCUAAAAUGUCAACUCCGAUAACUCAAAUAUAAAUACAAGUUUCCUAUACUUAUUUAUACUCAAAACUCUCUUUUUUGCUCAACUUAUGUUAUAGGUGUAGGGGUAAUAUUUCUUAUAAACUUAACCCUUGCUUACUAUGGCUCCAAUCCAGUCCCUACCUCUUCUUUUCUUUUUGUCCCUGUUCAGCAUAUUACCUUAACUUUCUCUUCUUCUCCAGUCUCACUUAUGUCAUAAAUUAUCUCGCUUGUUGUAAUUAUCUAAUUGUUUUGUUAUUAGAAAUUUUGUUAUUGUCUAGAAAUAUUUCCUUGUAAUCAUUUUUAUCUUGUGUAUAUAAUUUUUAGAAUAUCAUCUCAAUUUAUGGUACCUCAUCUAAAAAAUUAAUCAGUGAAAGCAAACAAAUCCUCAUUUACACAUUCCAAUUACUUUCUGGUAAAAAGAAGUUGGAAUUAAAUGGAACAGGUGAAAAAUUCGUUUACCUGUGAUUUCAACCGAUGUUUUAAAUCGUCCUCAUUGUCAGUGAUAUGCUAUCACCAAAGCCACUUCUUCAUUGCAGCAAAUAGAUGAUAAUUAGAAGGAUUCACGUGCGAAGGACUUUGAAACAAAUCUAAUUUUAAUCCUACUUAGCAGUCCGCAAGGUUUGUUUUAAUUGGCUCUUUUUUGAGUUUUUCAAAAUGCGACACUAAACUUUGGUAUUCAUUGUAGCUCCAAGAAUUUAGCGAGCCUUUUCCGCCUCGUUAUUUUGUUACCAAUUAUAAAUCUGGGUUUGAUCCAUCUUUAGGUUGUCCAUAUUUUCUAUCCAUAGUAAUAGUUUGAACUCUAUCCAUGGUGGGAAAACUUCAUUAACGGUAAAAUAGAAUGAGUUGAUUUAUCGGUGUUGCCAUAUCAAACUAGAAGUAGCUUUUCUUGUGAUUAUCACUUUGUAAAUUACUAUUUUAAUAUUUAUAUGACUAGCCUGUGAUAAAAAUGAAAUAAAAGAUUUAU